AUGCAGCCACUUGAACACAGUCAGCUCUCUGAGCAAACGAAUGUACGGCAGAGUCCCGAGCGUCGCGUCCAGCGUGCCAUCAAAAUAUCUGUCUUCUUCAACAAGAAGGAAUCUAUCGAUCAUGACAGCUUCUUUCGCCACUGGGAAACAAUACACGCAGACUUGGUUGUAGCAACUCAAGCCUUUCGCAAUAAUAUUGUGCGCUAUGCUCAACACUAUCAAACACCCGAAAUGAAAGAAAUGGCGCGUAGUCUUGGGGAAGGUGUCCUCGAGUACGAUGCAUGUGCGCAACUCUGGGUUAAUACAUGGGACGAUUGGUUGGCUUUUUCAAACAGUCCCGAGUACACAACAGCGCUUGCCGAUGACUGCAAGAAUUUCAUGACUUUGCCCAUGACAUAUAUGAUUGGCUACGAGACCGUGGUUGUAGGGGAAGAUUACGGUGGUGUGAGCGAAGAAGCUAUCUAG